UCUGUACAAUCGCUUUUCAGUCCUCCCAUCCGAUCAUGAGUUCAUCCAGCCCAACCCAACCCAAGCCGACAUCCUAACCUCCUCUCUCGCCCGCCCCCUCACACACACGACGGCCCGCACACACCCACACACUCAUCUAUCCAGUUACUCUACCCCCUGCCCCCAACUCCCCGCCCGAACAGAGGCGGCCGGCCACGGCCGGUGUUGCUGCUGUAGGGAUGGUGAUACAUACUGGGGUAAUUGGGGGGCGGAGUGAGGGGCCGCACUAAGUGCUGCUGGGGCAUCCGUGGCAUCGGUCUGUGCACCAGCUGCGGGCUGUGGGCCACCGCCUGCACCCCUGCUGCUGGUGGUGCUGGGUGAUACAUGGGGCCCGGUGGGGGAGAUGGGAAGGCAGGGCCCUGGCCACGCUGACAAGGAAAACAGAGAGAAGACAAUUGUCUGUCUUCGUCUGUUGUGUUGUGUUGUGUUGUGUGUGUGUGUGGUUCUUACGUGUCUGAGGUUGGUGGGCAUGUGUGGCUGUGUGACGAGGCGUGUGUUGACGCCCGGCCGCUCGUCCCCCCCACUCCCACUAACGAACCGCCGAGGUGCUGCAGGGGAGGUGGGCGUCGUCACCGUACCAGCCACACCCAGCGCCAGAGGACUGCAGCCAGGAAACAACCAAAGGAGACAGACCAUCUUCUCCUCUCUCUCUCUCUCUCUCCUGUGUGCCUCACACACAAGUGUAUGUAUUACCGACCGGUGGCCGUGUCUCAUGAGGGGUGGUGGUCCGGGUGCCACCAGCGGUGCCCCCACCCCCCUCCCCCGCCCCAGCUGCAGCAUGGGUGUCAUCGGCGGCCGCAGGCUAGGCAUGUUCAUGACCGGGGCCGGCCCCCUCUCACACGUGUCGUCCUCCGCACCACCCACCUGCCCAAGCGCAUCCCUCAAUGCUACUGGUCCACCACCCCUACCGCCGCCCUCCUUCCCCACACCCUUGGCGGCCGCCUUGUCUGCCGGCUUCGUCACGCUCUCACGGUUGGCGCGCAGCCCGUCGGUCGACCUGCUGGGUUUUCCACUGCCCAGCGUCUUUGGGUUCGCUGCCGCUGCUGCUGCUGCUGCGGGGGAUGGUUUGGCUGUGGCCGCCCGUUUCUGUGUGUGUGGCGGGUGUGGGUGGUGUGGUGCUGUGGUGGUCUUCUGGUUGCGGAAGGGCGACGAGCUCCGGACGAAUGGACGGUGGUGGGGCGGGUUGUGGGAGGCCUCGCGGCCGUCGGCAGGGGCCAGCAGAUUGCGAUGCGACGAAGAGGGACUGCCUAAGAGCAGAAAGCAAAAGAGAGAUAGAGGAAGACACAGAUGCAUAUCUAUGCAGUGCUGUGUUAUCCUAUUGGUUUGUGUGUGGGGUGUAUGGAUACCUCCUUUGUCGUUCAUUUUGGGAUGUGUGGCCUUCUUGGGUGGUUGAUGGUGAUGGCGCGGCGGUGGCUGAGACGAGAGGACCGGCCGACGGCCGCCAUGGCCCCUGAAAGCAAAGCAGGCGGACAAACAUGUUCUUGUCUUGAUGGAUGUCCACCGGUUCUGGCUUACUUGGCCUGGGUGCCCUCGGGUGGCUUUGGCGACGUCUGUCUGCCCCUCGUGCGCUCAUGGUGAGUGGCACCACGCGGCGGCCGCUCCUCGCCUCUCCCCCUACCGCCCCGCCCAACAUUGGCCGCCUGCCCCCGCCCAUCCCUUCUGUGCAUCCCCGCACCUGCUGCCGGUGCUGCUGCUGCACCGACCCCCCGGCCCUCUCUCCCUUGCCCAUGCCCAUGCCCAUGCGGCGCCGUACUUGGUGGUGGCUGCGACGAGACACGAUUCUGAGAACCGCCCCCGACCAUCCCUGUCGAGAUGCGGGGCCGCACUGACGUCGGCAUGACCGCCGUCUUGGCGGGGGGCUGGGGCUGCUGCUGCUGGUGGUGGUGGUGUUGCUUUUGCUGCUGCUGCUGCUGGAAGGCCAUGUUGGGUAUGUUGGGGGUCCUGUGGAUGGGGAUUGGCGAUGCCAUUACGUGUCUGUAGAGGUUGAUGGGGUUGGGGAGGGGCGAUUGCGCCACCGAGUGGGAGACGGGCAGCGGGACGCGAGGAGGGUAUGGAUGAGGAUGCAGCUGGACGGCUACCGGAGAAAACGGCGGCGGAGGGAGACUGCACAUACACACACAGAGGAGACAGUAAGUUUUGCGAGAGGGAUAUGUUACGGCCGCUCUCUGUGUUUCUGUCUUCCUGUCUUCCUUACCCAUGCAUAGCGGCCCCUGGCAGCGGCUUUGCCAGCGCGCCGCGUGGCUGUGGGACGUGGGGGUCCAUGGGCAGUUGCCGCCUGGCCCGCUCCGCCUCCUGCUUCUUCAUCUCCAUCUGCCGCUCCUCCUGCCGCAGCACUGGGCUCAUGUAGACUGCAUCCGAAUAGGCAUACUUGCCGCUGUCAUUCUCGACGGGCGGCGGAGAGGUCUCUCGGGGGACACGCACCAGCGGCUGAUGAAGAAGGACACAGGGAGAUAGAGGGAGGGAGGGAGGGAGGGAGGAGAGAUCAGUGAGGGUUUGUUCGUUGUCCUGUCCUCCUCACCGCUCGUUUCGGUCCGACAGCGGCGUCCGUCUUUCGUCUGUGUUUGGUGGGAGCUGCACCGUCGAUGUCGGGUGGCGUGUCCUGGUCGUGCUGACGUCUGCGGGGCGGGGCGGCGUCGCGAUGCAUGACCGCCGGUGUGGCCGGCGGCACUGUGCCCAGUACUGUGCUGCGGGGCACGUGGGCCUGCGGAUGCACCUCUGCACACACAGACAUUCAGAGGCAUGUUGCGACUAGGGUGCGUGUGGGAUGUCUGUCUGUCUGUCCAAUUGUGUCUGUCUGUCUGUCUGUCUGUGAGGGUUGCUUUACUCGUCCGUUUCUCCAGGUGUUUCUUGACCCAGGGGUGGUGCAUGAUCUCUGUGGGGGGCCACACACACACAGCAAUAUGACACACAGUCUGUGUGUGGGUGGGGGAUGGAUGAACGGAUGGAUGGAUGGAUGGCGUACACACCCCAUAGCUCCAGCCUUUGUUUGGCGUUGUACACCACCAGCCGCUUGAUCAGAUCGCUCACGUCACUAGGCACAUACUGACACACACACACACACACACACUUACACGUGAGAAGAGACUUCGCGGCUCGGCUUUCUGGCUCCAAUGAUUUCCUACCUCUGGUAUGGUGUAGUCGACAUUGAGUAUGCCGAGCAGCAGCGCCUCCCACGACAUGCUGGCGAACGGCGGCCGGCCGACGAAGAACUCAUACAGCAGCACACCCAGACCCCAUAUGUCCACUCGGUAGUCGUGGCCCGGACGCGCCAACGCCAUCUGCACGUGCACACACAGACACAGCACACGGUCGCGGAGAAUGAGAACCAAUUGUCGCAUCUGCAUGCAUAUGCACCUGCCCACCGACUUACCUCUGGCGCGAGGUAAUCCAGCGAUCCUGACACAAGGCACAGACACAGAGACAUACGCGGCCGUGUUCUUUGUCUUCAGCCCAGCUCACCGCAGAACGUGUUGCGCAGCCCGUCCACGGCCAGCCGCUGGCGGCCGGCGGCGGUCGGGGGGCCCGACAUUAGCCGAUGCCUCUCGAUGGGUGCCGCCCAGCCGAGGUCCACCAACUUGAUCAGACCGUCAGACCCGAUCAGCAGAUUCUCGGGCUGCCAGACACAGAGGGGGGAGAGAUGGUGUCUGUUUGUGUGUACUUUCUUACUCACUUUGAGGUCUCUGUGGAAGAAGCCUGACGCGUGCAUGUGCGCCAACGCCAACACUACCUGCAGCCACAUACACAUGUGCACACCACGAAGGUAGGUAUCCACAGAGAUGGAGGGCACGUGUGUGUGUGGCGUAAUGCUGCCCGCCCUUUCCGUUACCUGCAGGAAGUAUAUGAAUGCGUCGUCCUCGUUGAAGCGCGGGGGCCGACGGGUGCGCAUCCGGUGGUACAACUCGCCCUACGGACACACACACACACACACACACGGCAUACAAAGGAGGGAGGAAAGGAUGAGGGGGACGAUGUGCCUACCUUGCCACAGAUGUCCAUUAUGAGGUAGACAUGGAAAUCGUCCUCCAACACCUUAUGCAGCCUGCACAGACGUCAUCCACCUCACACCCUUUGCAUGUCUGUCUGUCUGUGGUGCGGUUUCUACUACUUGAUGAGGUUGGGGUGGUCCAGGAGCUGCAUUGUGGAUAUCUCCUUCUCCACCUGGGCCACCAUGCUCCGAUUGUCCCCACUCUCCAACGCACGGGCCUUGCGAAUCUGACACACACAGUACACACACACACACAUCACAUCCUUAGCAGCACAUUCAUUUCAACUCGCUCUGGCGGGGUGGGGUCACCAAGUGCGAUGGCGUACUUACGUGUUUGACGGCGUAUAUCUUGUUGCCUCCCUUGACAUGGAUGGCGUGCACCUCGCCAAACGAACCCUUACCCAGCAAACACUCCUCCUGCCUCACACAACACCACACAACACACAAGACAACACAUUGCAUCGCCUCUACUCUCUCUCUUGUCCAUUCCUGCCUGCGGUCCGAUAGGUGUGAUGUCCUCGAGUGUGAGGUUCUUCCAGUCCACCUGGCCCGUGUCAGGCGGCUCGUCGGCAAACUCCGGCAACAACGACCGCAGCAGCCGCCGGGCAUACUCCUUGCUCCCAAUCUGCGAUACGCUCAGCGGCACGUCCACAUCCGAUAAUGGGUAAUAGGCCCGCCUCGAUGAUGCAUACGGUGAUGCAUGGGCGGGGGUGACUGUGGCCUGGUUGAGUGCGAGGAGGGGCGGGUAUGGGUGGUGGUGGUGCGGCCUCACGGGCACCGGCCGGGCGUGGAAGGCAUACGCAGGCACCGCCGGCAGCCGGGGCGACGGACCUGCUGCUGUGGUGACGGUGACAUGGUGGGGUGCCCCGGGCAGAGGAUGCAUCAUCCUACUUCAUCUGAAGGUUGCAUCGAGGGGGGUUUGAAGUUCGAUUGCAACCA